AUGAGUUCUCUUCGAGUUCAGAAGCGACUCGCUUCAUCAAUUUUAAGCUGUGGUAAAAAGAAAAUUUGGCUCGAUCCAAACGAAGCCAACGAAAUUUCCAAUGCCAAUACCCGUCAAAGUGUACGUAAACUGAUUAAAGAUGGUUUGAUUAUUAGAAAACCAGUUGCAGUACAUUCACGUUUUCGUACACGUAAAAACAUUGAAGCUCGCCGUAAAGGUCGUCAUAUGGGUCAUGGUAAACGAAAAGGUACAGCUAAUGCUCGUAUGCCAACAAAGAUUCUUUGGAUCCGCCGUAUGCGUGUAUUACGUCGUUUAUUGAAAAAAUACCGUGCAGCUAAAAAGAUCGAUCGUCAUUUAUACCACGAACUCUACUUGAAAUGCAAGGGUAAUGUUUUCAAAAACAAACGUGUCUUAAUGGAAUUCAUCCAUAAGAAGAAAGCUGAAGUUCAACGUACGAAAAUGCUUUCCGAUCAAGCUGUUGCUCGUCGUGAACGUACCAAGGAAAAACGUACCCGACGUGAACAACGUAUUCUUCAAAAACGAAGUGAACUUUUGGGCAAAGUUGAUGAUGACGAUUCUAACGUUGCUGUUCAACAAGCUCUCGAACAACAAGCUCAAACAGCUCCUGUUGCUCCAGCAUCUCAAUCACAAAAACAACCAUCAACCAAGACCGUUAAACAAGAAAAGAAACAACAACAACCGCAAUCAACACCACAGCAAGCAACUCAACCAACAAAACAACAACCCCAAGCAACUCAAACAAAGAAGAAAUGA